AGUUGCUGUGUGCAAUCGUUCCACGCGCUGCGUUUCUAAUCUAAAGCGCGAUUUAUUUAUUAUUAUUUAUUAUUAUUAUUAUUAUUUUACAUGAAAGGCUGUCUCUCUUUCUCUCUCUACCUCUCUUUCGCGCGCCGGUAACCUAGGACACACAGAGGAAAAGGAGCCCAUUGGUCAGCACGGUCCCACACGAGAUGCCGCGAGCGCUGCGUUUCGCUCCGGACACAUACAGUACAGUCAGGGGGGGCAGAAGGGAUCAUGGUGUGGAUUUUUUUUCGUAAAUAACUUACAACUUACAACUAACGUUAUCGAGUUCAUUUCUGAGCUGCACGAGCUUGCGUUUAAUCGCACGAGCGCAGUGGAUUUGGUGGAUUACUACUCACUUGCGCGCGACGUUAUUUUUGGUCCUUUUUUCUUUCUUUUCUUUUUUUUUCUUGCUAAUUAACAAAAUCUCAUCUCAAGAGGACGCUAUUGCAUUUUGAGAAUAAGGGAGGAAAAAAAGCGCUCAGACUUUAAGAAGGAGAAAAUAUUGGAGUUUCUCUCUCUCUCUCUCUCUCUCUCUCUCUCUCUUUCUUGUUUUCUAAGUACAGGAUGUUAUUGUGGUGUGUGUGGUGCUGAAAUCCUCGCAGCAGCCCAAACAGUCCCGGUACAUCUUGGCGUCUUCUCGUCCUUUUUUCUUCUGUCUCUCUUGCCUACAUAUAUCUGUCUUUUUUUGUGGAAUAACUGAGUUGGAAAAUCUCUCAUUACUGCUGAUAAUAGACAGCCGGAUCGGUGGGUUUUUUUUCUUGGAGAAUGGUGAGUGAUCAAUGGGGAGUGAACAUGAAUAGCUCAUCGGAAGUCGAAGAUGGACAUGGACAGCGGGCUAAAUCGCAGACCUUCUGUGAGUGUGUACCCAGCUCAUCACAGCUCAAACACCGCUGGUCUGAUUCAGACACUGUCAGGCAAACUGCUCCCAAGAGGAUGAGCUGCAGUUACCUGCUCUGCACCAUCCUUCUUUUUGUGGCUGUCCUGCUUGCCAUUACAGUAACAGGCACCAUUCUCUUCCUGAACCACUCUCAGUCUCCACCUUUUUCAGAUGGACCACCACAUAUCACCACCAAUCAAGAUGAGGCCAACGCCCUGGUAACAGUGGAGCGGGGUGAUGGCUCACGCAUCAACAUUUUUAUCGACCCAAACUGCCCUGAUUACAACAGCAAUUUCCUGCGAUUGGAAGGAGUGCAGACCUCCCUACUCCACUCACUUACAGAUCAUGACUCAGACCUAAAGUCAGUCAAAGGCCAGGACCGUGCGCUAUUGGUCAACCUUGCUGAAGAGGUGGCAAAGCUCUCAGCACAUGCCGGCCAACUGAAGAUGGACUACGAGUCUUUGAGAAGAGGGCAAAGCAAUUUGGCACAGGACCUUAACACGCUGCAAACUGAACAAGGAAAACUUAUACAGCUGCUCUCAGAGAGCCAGCUUAACAUGGUGAAGGUGGUGAACUCGAUCAGCGAUGCCUUGAACUCCAUGCAGAAAGAGAAUGGAGGCUUGAAGGCUCGUGUGAAAGCUGAUCUGCAGAGAGCUCCAGUCAGAGGAUCUCGUAUCAAAGGCUGCGCUAACGGUUCCCGUCCUCGUGACUGUAGUGAUAUACAUGCAAGUGGUCAGCGGGAAAAUGGGGUAUAUUCUGUGUUUCCCACUCAUUACCCUGCAGGGUUUCAGGUCUACUGUGAUAUGAGCACAGAUGGAGGAGGCUGGACUGUGAUUCAGCGCAGAGAAGAUGGGUCUGUGAAUUUUUUUAGAGACUGGGACUCAUACAGAGAGGGAUUUGGCAAGAUCACAGGAGAACACUGGCUUGGUUUAAGGCAGAUCCAUGCUUUGUCUAUCCAGGCGAACUAUGAGUUGAGGAUAGAUCUGGAAGAUUUUGAGAACAGUACAGCAUUCGCCCAGUAUGACAUGUUUGGAGUUGGACUGUUCUCCGUAGACCCUGAGGAUGAUGGCUACCCACUGACCAUCGGUGACUAUACUGGCACUGCAGGUGACUCCUUGCUGAAACACAACGGUAUGAAGUUUACAACCAAAGACCGUGACAACGAUCACUCGGAGAACAACUGCGCGUCAUUUUAUCACGGCGCAUGGUGGUAUAACAGCUGCCACAUGUCCAACUUGAACGGACAAUACUUGCACGGCACACACACCUCUUACGCUGACGGAAUCGAGUGGUCGUCCUGGACCGGCUGGCAGUAUUCACUCAAAUUCACUGAAAUGAAGAUACGACCCACACAUGAGGAAAGGGAGAGCAAGUGAUCUGAUCAAAAACAACUCUGGAAAUUGAAGGGAAAAUAUUGGAGAACAUAAUACUAAAAAAAAUAAACAUAUAAUGCAUAAAAAAUGUAUAAGACACUGAAAUUAACUCAUUGCUGACUGUGAUUGUGACAAGGAGAGAUCCUUUUGGUCACAUUUGUUUUUUGUUUGGUUUUGUUGCCUCAUUUGAAGAGAAAUCCCAGUUCAAGUGUAUUGUAAACUCCACUAGAUUGACUGGUGAAAGCAUCUAGAUAAUUCAGGAAGUGGGCAGUGAACCUUAAGAAAAAUAUUCUGUAGUAAUUUUAACUUUAUUUUUUUUCAUUAUAAUUUUUUCAUCAGUAUACCAUCUUUUCCAGUGAGGGGAAAGUGUUUUGGUUUUUCCUUAUAAGAAAGCAUUACUUAUUAAUCUGGAAAAAAAAGGAAUGUCAAGAAGAGUGUGGGUAUUUGUUAAAAAAUGAUUAUUAGUGGAUAUAUAUGUGUACAAAGGGAGAUUUGGGGAUGGUUGAGAGUUUAUUAGAGCAGAUUGAGGUAUUCGUUUUGGCAGGACAUUAUUGAAUAUGUUUGCUUAUGACUAUUACUUACUGAUCAUGAGCCACUUUUCCACCUUCUUUCCUCACAGAUGGUGUGUGUGUGAGUCUGUGUGUGUGUGUGUGUGUGUGUUGUCAGAAAGGGGAGUCAGAGAAGUAAAAGCAAGCACAAUUAACAAAAGAAAAUCUCAAAUAACAUCAGCGUGCUAAUUCUGCUUUAGCUCACUUUAUCUGUCAUAUAGACUCUUCAUCAACCUGAUAUUGUUUUUAAUGCCCAUCACAAUUUUUCUGUCAUGUGAGUAUCCACUUAUUGCACAAGAGAAACGAAGACCAGGAAUGCAGAGAUUAAUAACAUCAUAACUGGCUAGUUACUACCAGUGGAACAUGCUAGCUUUGUAAGGCUUGCUAACUAAGUAGUGGGUGAAUAGAAUGAAGUUCAGCAUAUAUUUUUUAAAUUGAUUGUUUUUAUGCAUCCUUUUACACAUGCUGUUCAUUACUGUGCAAAAGUCUUAUUCAACAUAUAAAAAAACAAACUAUACUAAUAGGGCUUUUCACACUGUGCUUAACCCCAGGUUAUCAUUGUUCUAAACACCAAUAAAAAACGUUUCACACUGUAAUUUAGAAGCUGAGUUAUAGCACUGCUUUUUACCGAAGGUUAUGAAACCCCACAAUAUGGUGCCAAAUGUGUACAGUGUGAAAUGGUGCAGUGUUAAAAUGUUACAGAUUGAUGCUUAGCAACAGAUAUUUCAAAAUACGUGCCUCAUAACACGUGCUUUGUUCUGUCAUAGGUACAGAAACCUAACGUGUUGUGUAAGCAGUAAAGGGGGGGAAGAGUUAAGUCUCAAUGCUGGUCCCAAGCACGGAUAAAAAUGUAAGGGUUGUGACAAGACGGGCAUCCGGCGUAAAACUGGUGCCGGAUCAGCUGAUCAGCUAAAAACAGCGGACCCUGCCAUUGUGCGGGACAAGUGAUAGAACUGAGGGGCAUGAAGCCUUUAUUAUUGCCACACAUACAUUACAGCACAGUGGAAUUCUUUUCUUCGCAUAUCCUAGCUGAGGAAGUUGGGGUCAGGGCGCAAGGGCAGCUAUGAUACAGCGGCCCUGGAGCUGAGAGGGUUAAGGGCCUUGCUCACCUGCCCAACAGUGGAGUUUGGUGGUGCUGGGGCUUGAAUCCUGACAUCCUCCGAUCAACAACCCAGAGCCUUAACUACUUGAGCCACUAUUGCAAAAAAAAAAAAAAAAUCAGAUAAGUCUCUUUAGGAAAAUCUGAAUGGCAGUCAGAAAUAAUAAUAAGAGUGUUUGAGAAAAAAAAACCUGAAAAAUCAGCAAAAGUUUGAUAUCAAUGAUUGGCAGGUCAACUACAUGACAAACUUAAAAAGACCAAGAUGUGAAAUAUAACAAUACAUGGUAAGGUGCAGAACGGCAGACCCAAACAUUUUUCAGCUUGUGCGAGCCACACAGUCACUGUAUUUGUCCAAUCAUGUUUGUUGACUUGGCAUAUAUUUAAAUAUGAAGGUUAACCUGGGUAAAGUAUGAACAGUGAGAAAUAUCCAUCACGAUAACCCAGGAUUCUGUUUACCCAGAGUUUACAGUGCUGUAGGGGAAGUGUGAAAAGCUCUAUAUUGUGGUAGACAUUUAUGUUCUGCAUUAUUUGUUUUGUAAAGAAUAAAGUAUCUACUAAUAUUUUUGUUAAUUAUACAACCAGUCAAUGUGUCCAGUCACUGACACUCAGUGUGUCUGGAAAGAACUGUGGCAGAUUCUCCAAGAUGCUUAGAAAAACUUGCCCGAUAAUGUCCUAUUUAAAGCUGCGCAAGAUAUAUACUGAUACAUCUGAAGCACGUUUAAAGCCAGUGGAUCACAUCAGAUUUUGCCUUUAUAUAGUUUAGCGCUGUCUGCUGCUGUUUACAGUAGCUGUAAUGUACUGUAGAAAAUGUUUGUCACUACUUUUUAGCAGUUCUUUACCUGCACCUAAGACUUUUGUACAGUACUGUGGAUAGCUUCCUCUGCUCUUUUCUUAAACUUUUUUUUUUACUGUUUAGAAAAGGAAAUUGCGUCAGAUUUUAAUUCCUUUAGGGAAUUCUAUACUCAUGCUGACUCAAUCCCCUGAGGUGCUUAUUUAAGACUUUUCACUUCAGCUAAUAACGUAUUGUUAAGAUCACAAUGCACCACAGAGACAUGGUGAGGGGGGGGUUUGGGGGGGCUGUACUAGAAUCUGGGACUAUUUCAAGUUGAUUUGUGAGUCUCCUCUCCACCCCUCUGUCUCUCUCUCUGUUUCUCUCUCUAUCUCUCUCUCUGUCUGUCUCUCUAUCUCUCUCUCUGUCUCUCUAUCUCUCUCUCUGUCUGUCUGUCUCUCUCUCUAUCUAUCUCUCUGUCUGCCCCCCUCUCUGUCUCACUCUCUCUAUCUCUCUGUCUCUCUCUCUCUCUCUCCUUUUUUCUGUAUGUCUUCUGCAACAUGUCUUCUUAUCCACCCUCGCUCAAGUAUAUCAAUUAUUUACUCUACAUUUUUACUCACAGUAUAAAUCUGUGUCUGGUCAAAAAGAAAAAAGCAUUGCAGUAUCCCUCAAUUUAUAGCUCAAACACAAUGAAGCCAAAAUCAGGACUGUAAAUCCUGUAAAAGUGAAAUUAACUGAAACACUUUAGUUUUUUUUUUCUGAUGUUUGUUUGUUUGUUUGUUAGUAUUUAGCAAUUAAUUUGAAAGUAACUGCUAAAGUAUUUUUUUUGAUUACAACAACCUAUACAAAAAAACUACAAAAAUCCAGCAUGUUAAAUACACAUAAUAAAAAAAAGUGCUAAUUUUUGAGUAGGUUGGUUGUAAUAAAAAAACUGAGCUUUUUGAAACCUACUCAUAAAAUAUAACACAUUAAAUACAUAUUUUAAAAAAGACAUGUUUUUUUGUUAUAUUUUGUUUUGUUUUUUAUGAAUUAUCGUCAUUUUUAUUUAUUCUUUAUUUUAUUUUUUAUACCAAAUUAAAAAUCAUGUUCAUUCACAAGAACAAGUCAGUGUUGUUCAAUUGUCAGAACAGUGACCUAACUAAAACAUGGCUUUUUAUAUCAACUAAAAUCUGAAACAUUUUUGGAACAUUGCAGUGUCCUACAUUUCCAUAUAAGAACAUGUUUCACAUUGCAUACGGCUUACGAUAGCUAUCCAUCUUGUGCGUCAGUACAGUGAGAGCUGAAAAAAAGGUGUCCUGUUCCCUGUAGCUUUGUAAGCUCAGUCUUGUAGCUAACCAGUCAAUCAUUGAAAUUGAUGUCUGGGAUGAUGAAAUGACAAAGUAGAGCGAAAUCCUUUCACGCUGAUUUAAGGUCGAUUGUGGGUCCUGAAGCAAGUUUUUUCUGUAAUGUACUGAGAGCUUUAUCGUGUAGAUUUUCUGUACAUUGUGUUUUAGCAGGUUUUGAUGCAUGUAAAAUGUUUUUUUGUAUAUACACAAGCACAAAGAGCACAGUGAUUUUGAUGAACAUUUAAUAGAAAAAUUUAUACUCUCAUAUUCUGUCGCUUCGUGUGAGAUGUGAGACGUGCUGGGAUUGUGAUGGGAUUGAAAGAUUAAGACUAUUUGGGACCAAAGGAAGGAGUUGGAGCAUCAGAGACAUUCAGAAACACACCAAUGUUCCCCAAACCAUAUUUCACCAGUUUGUGUUAUUUUUUUUAUUUUUUUUUCUUGAUUAAAGUGAUUUAAGGUGACAAAGGAGGCUAUCACAAGAGACUCUAAAAUCCUUAAGAAAAAAUGAUUUAUUUCUGUUCGAUGCCUUUGUCUCCAUGCUGCUGAGGCUGCAAAAGCCUCUCUCUCUCUCUCUCUCUCUCUCUCUCUCUGUAGGGCUCCAUUAAUUGUUUUUCUUUGUGUAAUCACUGGUUUCAAAGCCACCUCUCUUGUCCAAGAUCAUUUGUCAAUUAAGUUUGUCAGACUCUGUGGCACAAAAUAGUUUUAUGGUGCAAAAAAAGAAGAAAGAGUGAACUGGGAACUUUUAUGUGUGUGUGUGUGAGAGAGAGAGAGAGAGAGAGAGAGAGAGAGAGAGAGAGAGAGAGAGAGAGACUGAAUAAAUGAGUUGGUGAGAAUCAAAACUAUGUGUAAAGGUAAGUUGGUGUUUUCUGUGAAUGACAUUGGCCCUAUAUGAUGUUUGAAGAAUUUCAAUAAAUGAAUAAAUCUCAAUAAACGAACUAUAUUGUCAGAGAAGAACCGGGGUAUAUGGUGUAAAUCUUUAAGAGAAACUGUUGAGAGUUUUCAGUCCAUUCUGUGUUUGCUUGCAACCAAACAAUAA